CUGCUGAAGAAAGACCUGAUGCUGCUGAAAGAGGAGAGUCAAGAACUGCAUGAUGUAAAGGAAGACAAACAUCUGUACGAGAAACAUCAUGAUUUCAUAACUGCUCGGACUAAAAACGCUCCCUCACGAAAAAGUUAUUUCACCUGCGAACAAUGUGGAAAGAGUUUCGCCAGAAGAGGAGGACUUAAGGUCCACAUGAGAAUUCACACUGGAAAGAAACCUUUCACCUGCCAACAGUGUGGAAAGAGUUUUAUUGAAAAUGGAAACCUUACAAAACAUAUGAGAGUUCACACUGGAGAGAAGCCUUACAUGUGCCCUCAGUGUGGAAAGUGUUUUACACAUCAAGCAACCCUUAAUACCCACAUGAGAACUCACACUGGAGAGAAGCCUUUCACAUGUGAUCAGUGUGGAAAAAGGUUCAGAAGGAAACAAAACCUUGAUUGCCACAUCUGGAUUCACUUAAGGGAGAACUGUUUUAACUCUCAUCAGUGCGAAAGGAGUUUCACAGACAAGAAUCACGUAAUAACUUGCAUCAGAGAAAAGCCUUUAAUGUGCCAUCUCUGUGGAAAGAGCUGCACAAACAAAGGAAACCUUAAGGUUCACCUAAGAACUCACACUGGGGAGAAACCUUUCACCUGCCAACAGUGUGGAAAGAGCUUCACAGCUAAAGGAAACCUAAAGACUCACAUGAGGAUUCACACUGGAGAGAAACCUUUCACCUGUCAACAGUGUGGAAAGAGCUUCACAGCUAAAGGAAACCUAAAGACUCACAUGAGGAUUCACACUGGAGAGAAACCUUUCACCUGUCAACAGUGUGGAAAGAGCUUCACAGCUAAAGGAAACCUAAAGACUCACAUGAGGAUUCACACGGGAGAGAAGCCAUUCACAUGUGAUCAGUGUGAAAUUAGUUUCACAUAUAUCUCAGACUUGAAACGUCAUAAGCAAUCUCAUUCUGGGAAGAAAUGGCCAUGUUCCUCAGUGUGAUGCGGUUAGCAGAACUGAGCACCUGUGUAUUAACUCUGGAUGAAGAGAAAAUCAUUCUGAUGUGUAUAAUGGUGUGUUCAAGUCAUGUCGGAUAGAUUGUAUUUACUAGUUGAACGCACAUGA